GUUGGCCCCACCGCACAGCACAGAGUACAUUCAUGUACAUUCUCGUAAUGGCUGCCACGCUAAAAGUGUACCUAGCUUAUUGGUUAUGUCAUGUUUAUAAAAUCAAAAGUUCGUAAGUGCAAACCGAAUAUUUCAACUAUUGUUUCGAACAAUGAUCUUAUGAAAGUAUUAUAAUCACCAUCUCCAUGAAUAGUUUCCUCUUUCAUGUUUCCUUUUUUGGCAAUUAAAUUAUGGACUCGGUAUUUGUGUACUGUAUGCAAUAAAAACUUAAUCUAUGCCCCGUGAAAAGUGUUCGCAAGAGCCAUAUUGAGUGCCAAGUGGUUUGUCGCGAGAUAAAAUGACGGAUACGCGUUCGUCAUCGGCCCUGUUCAAACGGGCCGAGCAACUCAAGCGAUGGGAGGAAUCCGACACCAACAAACAGUCACCGACACCGAAGCGCGCUUCGAGAAUCCAGUUUUCGUCUGGGAUAAUUUUCCUGGCAGCAUGCACUUCAGGAGACAAGGACGAGGUACUGCGAUUGUUGAAGAUGGGCGCCGACAUCAACACCGCAAACGUGGACGGCCUUACAGCUCUCCAUCAGGCUUGCAUCGAUGACAACCUGGACAUGGUGGAGUUUCUGGUGACGCACGGGGCGGACGUGAACCGCGGCGACAACGAGGGCUGGACCCCUCUCCACGCGACUGCUUCAUGCGGCUUCCUCAGCAUAGCCAGGUAUCUACUGGAGAAUGGCGCUGAUGUAGCAGCAGUGAACUGCGAUGGAGAGCUCCCUGUCGACAUCGCGGAGAGCGAUGCCAUGGAAGAGAUGUUGCAGAAAGCCAUCGACGAAAAAGGUGUCGACUGCGAGAAGUCUCGCAACGCCGAGGUGGAUACGUUGAUGAGCGAUGCCAAGAACUGGGCAGCGAAUGGGUACGUGGAGGUGCGCGACCCCAAAACUGGGGGCACGCCGCUACAUGUCGCCGCCGCGAAGGGAUACAUCGACGUGGCCAAAACUCUUCUGGAGGAAUGCAGCGCGGAGCCCGACUGCAUGGACUACGAGGGCUGGACGCCUUUACACGCGGCCGCGCUGUGGGGGCAGAAGGAAGCGGCCACGCUGCUCCUCAAGUACGGCGCCGAUCCAAAUUUGAAAAACUAUUCGGGCCAAACAUGCGUCGACCUAGUGGAUCCCAGCAUAUCGGCGUGGCUCACCGAGGCCGUAUCGAAACUGCCUCGCCGCGUCAACAACAACAAUAAUCUCAACAACAAGCGCAAACGAAGCCCUCCCAAGUUCGACAGCAAGCGGGUCGUUGAACUCCACAUCACGGGGCAAAACGACAAUCAAAUCAAUGACAAACCACCAGCGGAGAUCAUACCGAUACCGAAGCCGGACGGCAAGCCGCCCAAAGCCAGAGCGCCGUCGCCCGAAGCCCAGCCUGAACCGGAGGAGACUGCUUCCUGGAGGAGAUCCGCCUCGUUCAGAAGACAACAGGAGCCGAACAGAGAAAAUGCUAAACCAGUGAACAACGCAGUUGACAACGACACAAUAUUGAGAAGAACGCACAGUUUCGAAAACGACAAGACCUUCUACCAGCGGUACCGCGACGUGACGGCGCGCAUAAAGGCGUCGUCGUGCCCCUCGAUCCCGCCGCUGCCGACGGACAGGAAGGAAACUAACACUAACGACGAAGCCCACAACAGAAUAAAUUCAACCGAGCGAAGAGAAAGGGAAGCCAAUACGUGGACAGCCCCCACAACUACUGCCGCCAUCACAAAUACAACCACUACAAACAUCACCUCACAAACGACGAUAAGAAGCGCACCGGAGAGUAGCGUUGAGUCGAACAGUAGCAAUUCCACACCCAGCUCCGCAACGCCCACCAAACUGUCGCCCGGGAACAUUUUCAAGAACUUCUUCAAAUCGUUUGUACCGCCUGUACGGGACGAAGAGAGUGAGACGCAAAGGAAAGCGCACGCUAAACGCGUUCGCGAAACGCGGCGUUCCACGCAAGGCGUGACUUUGGACGAGAUCAAAUCAGCUGAACAACUCGUUAAGAAGAAGGCCGGCAACGGCACCACCGAAAGCCCAUCGCCUGCCAGUUUGAAGAAAACGGACGACACAUCUGCACCCGCCCACAAUGACAACGGCCCGGCGCGCGGCGUUGGCGACGUUGCGGUGUCGCUCGCUUUGGCGUCUGCGACGGCGACUGCAACCGCGACGAUCGCGGCGAACAGCGAGCGGCGACCCUCGUGGCGGCUGCGGCUAGAUCCGGCUAACAAGUUCGAGUUGGAAGACGCGGGUAGUUCGUCGCCCCGACCCCCGACUGCCACAGAGGCGACGGUCACGCUGCCGCUGCGGCGUCCGCCAGCUGGCUCCACCGCUAACACAGCAGCUCCUGUUCCCAAGGAAGAUAGAGAGAAAGCGGACGAUGAGAAAGACCGCGAAAGCAGUACGGAGAGCAAGAGUUCCAGCAACGCCUCACCCGCGAGUACGCAGGCCGCCCUCAACGUCAUACAGCGCCGGCGCAGGCCCAAGCGACGAUCUACGGGCGUGGGACAUGUGGAUAUGGAGGAUAUCGUCAACGACCGCGGCGGAGGCGGCGAAACGGGCGACGCCGACGGUGAUACAGAAACACUUCAGUCUGGCAGCGAACGCACAGAGGAUGGCGAGGAUCGAGACUACAAAGUGUUGUACGAGGCGUCUGCCAACGAAGUGCGGCGUCUCCGAGCCCUGCUGACCACGUCCGAGCAACAACUGCGCGACGCCCGCGCCACAAUCACCAGGCUUACGCAAGUGAAUCAGAAUUCGUUAUCUGAAAUCGAGAAGAGGGAAAAGCGCGCCAUGGAGAGAAAACUAUCCGAAAUGGAGGAGGAACUUAAGUAUCAGCAAGCGCUGCAAGCAGAGAAUCAGCGGUUAAAAGACGAGAACGGAGCGCUCAUCAGAGUCAUAAGCAAACUGUCUAAGUAAGAUGGCCGUGUAUAACACUCAAUAGAAUAUGUACGCUUCCUAUGUGAAAUAUACAAAUUAUCGAUACACAGCCUAGUUGCCUAUAUUAUUAUUGAAUAAGAAUUAUGAGCACUGGACAGUUCGCGAAUCAAUUUGUUGUGACCUAUUGAUACGGCACAGAUUGUAAUUGUUGUAUAUCGCCACCUCUGUCUAGUUUCAUGGUUUGACGUGCCUUCUUUUUAUGAGUAUUAUGUACUUAUUAUAUCGUCAGAUGUACUUAUGGUCGGCGGACAAAAUAAAAUGUGAACGAUAUAUGUAUAGUGCACCGUCACGUUUGCACCAUAGACGAAUGAAUGAAUUGAGUUUUUUAUAUAUAAAAAAAGUUUAUCUAUAAUAUAUACAUAAUUUAAUGAUAAUCAUGUUGUUCUCGAGGUGUCCUUUUGUGUUUAUAUUUCGAUGUAGUCCUAAAUGCGGUAAGUGUAAAUUAGGUUAGUCCAUAAUAAAUUGUUUUGGGCGGUUUGAACGGUCGCCUCUAUAUACUUUGUGUCGUUAUAUAUCUCGAAUUACUAAUAUAUUCUUAUGUAUACAUAUAUUUGUAUUAUAAUAUAGUGUCUUUAAGAGCAUUAGUAAAAACGAAUUGGAAAUGUGAUAUAUCAAUUUUGCACGAUUGCGGACAUGUUAAUAAGGUAUUUUAAUUAAUUACGCGGUGAUCAUCCGUGCUCUGUUUUUGUACGUUAGAAGUAAGCGAAAGUGUGGUUGAUUUCAUACAAUCGCGUUGAGAAAGGUUUUCCAACAACUGUAAAAUUUGUGAUGUAAAAAUAUUUAUUACGCAAGAAUUAUAAUUAUAUCGCAAAUGUGUUUUUAUCUAUUACUUUGAUAAUUUUGUUGAUAAUGUAAGAAUGUAAUUUUAAGUGAUUAUUAUUUCCACGUAAUUGUCAUAUUUUGAUGAUUUAUUAAACACUGACAAAAAUGACUACCAAUAGGAUGUUUACUUGUAUUUAUUUAUUUAGCGAUAUAAUUUUUAUGUGCCAUAGAUAUUUGAGCGAAUUGUAUGCCAGAGGACAAAUAAAUAUUUUUUUUUUUGCAUUUUACUUUCCGAUGAAAUUGAUUUUGAAGAAAUCUGCAUGGUUCCGCUUACUGCUAACUAAUCGGCCACCAGGAUGUCCAUGAGUCGAAAUUUUCACCAAUUAUAUGAAUUGAUUUACACGGUAUUUUUUGUAUCGACUGUAUUUUUACAACUUGACUCUAUAUGAAUCAAAGCAGGAGACAGAUCAAAACUGUUCUUACUUAGUUUUUUUUGCUGGUACUUCUUAGUUCACAUUAGAUACCGCCGUAAAUAUGUGUGUUUAUUCGACUUUGACAAAUGUUGUUUUUAAAUAAUUAAUUGGCUAUUUUACUUUAGAAUUGAUAAUUGCAGUCAAUGUUUUAUAUUUUUAACGAUUUGACGGCAUUGAUUGUACAUCGAUGUUCUUUAGAAAUGUUGGUGUUAUUUACGUCAUUAAAUAGGAAAAAUAUAUUAUAAAUGAUAGCGUUCGUUCUUUACAAUUUAUCGUGACUUUAUCAUUGCUUAAAUCAUCGUUUUUAAUCGGAAAACCAACUGUUUUUUUUAAACGAGUUGAGCCUUGGUAUGAUUUCUUAUUAAUAAACGACGACUUAUAUGAAAUUGUUAUUACAUCAGACGUAUUUUGGUUAUUAAAUUAGUUUAAUUAGCUAUUCACUAAACAAACUAGUCUCCAAUUCCAUUCUUCGCAAAUUAUAAGACAAUUUUAUAUUGAAAUGCUGUUAAAAUAUAAUAUCCAUGUCAUAGAUAUGCCAGUUAGUAAUACCAAAUUUUUUAAUUUCUCUUCGGUGUAAAUUAUUAAUAUAAAUGGCGCAAGCCUUAGAUGUAACAAAACAUGAAGCAGUCCAAUAUUUUAUUUCUAUGCCAUGAUUGGCGUAGAAAUAAAAUAUUACGGUUUGAUGGUAGGGAUUAGCAACCUUUAGUAUUAAUUGUCUACAUUCUGCAAUGUAUUUUAAUUAUAUGUAUUUAUGAACUGAGAAGGACUGGCAAAACCUUUUGAAAAAAAAUUCUAGUGAAAUGGAAAUUAAUUGUUAUGUUAAUCUUUAAUAAAAUAUAAUUAAUCAAUCGACUUUACUCGAGUACAUUUAUUAUGGGUAAGCAUUGUUACCUAUAAGUGUACAUCAGUGGUAAUGUAUUGCGAGAAAUGAAAUUAAAUAACCAUCACAAACGUACAAUCUCAAUUAAAUUAUGAAUUUAUGAAAUGGUUAAUUGUAAUUAAUGUAAUUUACGCAUACGAACAGGUUAUAUAGGCGACAGAAUGACUAUUGUAAUGUAUAAAUUUAUAGCCUUCCUUAACUUAGCGGUCUAAUUUUUUUCAAUAAAAGUUUAUUUAUUUCGAGAGUUAAGAGUUAAUACA